CCUGUUGCGAUUCCAACUUGAGAGACGGUUGAGUGUGGAAGUCUGAACUUCUCAAUGGAGAAUCAACUUUAGUCUUAUGACUUUAAGGGUACUGCCGGGGCAGAGAGUUAUCACAGGAUAUAAAAGACAGGAGACCUGACCAUUGCAAUGCGUCUGCGCAUAAGAUACACUUUUUUUCUUCUUUCUGUGGGCACUAUUACUUUCGUCCAUUUCGCUCUUUUUCUCAACUCAUCACAAAGCGCCUUUGACCUGGAUAAGUGCAUAAAUGGGCGCAGGGAAGUCGUCGAUGUAAGUACGCGCAGAAAAAGGCCCUUGUACAUCCUCAACAGCAACUCGACUUACGGAGCACCGUUAGACUUGAUGCCAUUUCUUCUAAGCAAGCUGGCAUCUGCAUUUCCGGUCACGAUAACUGCUGAUGAGUUUCGAAAAAAUGAGAAGACACAGACCGGCAACCCCCUCAUUGAUACUUAUGGAGAGAACGACCCAACAUUGUCAGGUGAGAGAGGAAGGGGCAUCACUUUCGUGGGCGAAGAGAAAGAUGAAGCAGAUGCCCUAAAGCUGAAGUUCAACCUCAACGUCCUGGCUUCUGACCUCAUACCUCUGAACCGCAUGGUGCCAGACUCCCGGCUCGAUGGGUGCGAGAAGCUCAGCUAUGCUCACGAUCUUCCGACAGCCAGCAUCAUUGUACCCUUCCACGAUGAGUGGCCCUCAGUGCUGCUGAGGACAGUCUACUCCAUUGUCAACAGAACGCCGCGCCACCUGGUGCAGGAAAUUAUUCUCGUGGACGACCACAGCACCAUGACCGAGCUCGGACAGCCCCUGGAUGACUACUUACAGGACCACUUCCCACGUGACCUCGUCCGUGUCCUGCGAUUGCCUCAUCGACAGGGUCUCAUCGGGGCUCGCCAGUCUGGAGUGCACCAGUGUACGGGGGAUGUCCUUGUUUUCUUUGACAGCCACAUGGAAGUAAACAUAGACUGGUUGCAGCCGCUGUUGACGGAGAUCAAGGCUGACCGUCGGACGGUGGCGAUGUCGGUGCUGGACUAUGUCAAUGCUCAUACACUAGAAUACUACUUCCACCGCGGCUACCUCCCGCGCUACGGCUUCGUCUGGAGCAGCUUCUUUGAGACCUUCUUCCGCCAGGACCAGGUCGGCCCCUCCCCACUCAGCCCUCGCCCAGGUGCGGUGAUGGUCGGAGCAGCAUUUGCCAUGGACAGAAAAUAUUUCCACGAGCUGGGAGGCUACGACAUGGGCAUGAAGGUGUGGGGCGGGGAAAACCUGGAAAUGUCCUGGCGUGUGUGGCUGUGCGGAGGUCGACUAGUGCACGUGCCCUGUUCACACCUGGGUCACAUCGCCAGGUUUCAGCCCUACGAGUUCCCUAGCGGCAGACACACCGUGGAAGUCUUCAAUUACAAGAGAGCUGUCCAAGUGUGGAUGGGACCUUACAAACAAUUCGUAGAAAAUUACUUUGAUGACAUGGCCGCGGUGGACGAGGGCGACCUGAGUGAGAGGAAGGCGCUGAGGGACCGGCUGGGAUGUCGCAACUUCACCUGGUACCUGGACAACGUGUGGCCGGAACUGAGUGUCUACGACCGUGACGUCACGGCCUGGGGCUCGCUCGUGCACAAUGUCAGCGCUCAGUGUCUCGACAACCACAACUACGUCUUCCAGGCGCCAGCCGACCUCUUUGUGUACCCCUGCCACUACAAGCUGUCCACACAGGGAUUUUCCUUGACUAGAGAAGGUCUGUUGCGCACGACCCUGCAGUGUGUGGUGGUCAAAGACAAGGUGGACGGAGGGCGUCCCAAGCUGGAGGACUGCAUCAUUGGACCUCGUGAUAAGUGGACUCAUUCCAAGGAGGGCGCCGUCGUGCACGUGAUGUCCGGCCUGUGUCUGGACCUGGACUCAGUGGGACCAGUCAUGAGGACCUGCCAGCCUCACAGUCUGUCUCAGCUCUGGCAUUUCACCAAAUACGUGGACUAACUUAUUGUAUCGCCAUGCUUUGUCAUCGCAGCACCACAGGCAGGGUGUCCCUGGUUGUCAGGUGUUAGUUUGCUCCCCCAACCAGUCGGUCUCAUUCUGUUUGUGGUCUUCUGCUUACUGCACUUUUGGUGAAAAACAAACUUACAUGGACUGGAGGACAGUUACAUGACAGAUACACACAAGCCGACAUGAAUAGAAAAAUAAAAAAGUGGGAGGAAUACAUGAGAUGAGGUGUAUAUUGGAAAAUAAAUGUUGGCACAAUAUGUAAAAUAAAGUUUAGUCCUCUCAACAGCCAUCGGUCACUCGGUGAAUUUGCACAGUAAACCACUUUCCUCUGUCCUCACGCACUCACGCACAGCCUUUAUUUUGACAUGGUGAGGCGCUUACAUUGUAAAUAAUUGGUCAAGGGCUAUCUUUAUCUUUGCUUUCCAAUUUAAUAUUUAUUGUAAUUAUUGAAGAUUAUUUAAGCAAAUUAAAAAUUACAGCUAAUCACAGAAAUAGUCUACGAGCGGCACUUUUUGUAAGAAAGGCUGUCAAGUAAAUAAGUAAAUUGUAAGUUGUGGGCGAUACAAUCAUGUUGUUUGUAGUUUGCUUUGAUUAUCGUUAAGUGCAAUUAUCACUUUUGAACCGCAAGUUAUUUUGUGAAAAAUAUUUUUAUCAUCAAAGGAAAAGCUCUGAUAUUUAUAAAUUUGUAAUUAUUUAUUUAAGUGUUUGUAAUAGUGGUGUACAUGUUUUUAUUCAAAUGUUAUAUUAGUCUCAACCAGCUGACAGGUCACUCAUCUGGUAACUUCUGUUGUAAAUAAAAAAAUCGCCAUCUUAUCUCUAAGGUUUGUUAAAAAUAAACAAUCGAACUUUACGUUUUAUGUAAUAU